CGUAGACAGAGGCUACCGACAACCCGAAGGGAACGAUAUUCAUGACGAUGACGCCCUUGUCACUGUCAUUUUCGAGUCUGUUAAAGAAUAAGGAUUCUCUGCAGAAGUUUUUCAAUUGCUACAAUGCCUUCCACGCGCAGCACGACCUACCACGGUACUUCGGAAACCGAACGCCGUGGAAGAAGGCUCGGUUAUGGGAGCGAAAUUUCAGUACGGUGUCCCGCAGUAGGUUCGUCGGGUUGGCGGAACAAGCCUGUACCAAAAACUAUGCGAAGGAAGCUACUAUGUGUACCACUUCUGCAAGUGGCCAAGACAUGACCAACUGGUUGUGGUCUAUUUACAACGAAACCAAAAAACAGACCGAAGCCCUGAUCCCUGUGAUAUCUAAGAACAGUGUGAACCCCGACACCAUCUUUGCCAACAACGAGAUGAGUCUGGGUGACAUCGAGAUCUAUGGGUUUGACUAUGACUACACUCUGGCCUUCUACUCCAGACACCUCCACACCCUUAUCUUUAACAUCGCCAGGGACAUCCUCAUCCAGGAGCACAGGUACCCCGAGGGCUUGCGAGAGUACGAGUACAUACCUAACUUUGUUGUCAGAGGACUGCACUAUGAUGUCCAAAAGGCUUUACUGAUGAAGAUCGAUGCCUUUCACUACAUACAGCUGGGAACCGUAUACAGGGGUCUUCACCCGGUACCAGACAAGGAGGUGAUUGCCAUGUACAAUGGCUGCCAUGUCCCUCUGGAGAAUAUGAGUGACUUCUAUGGCAAGAGUUCCCAUGGCCACACAAUGAAACAGUUCAUGGACAUCUUUUCCCUCCCAGAGAUGAACCUUCUGUGCUCUGUUAAUGACUACUUCAUGAAGCACAAUAUCGACUACGAGCCCGUCCACCUCUACAAAGAUGUCAAGGAAGCGAUAGGAGAUGUUCAUGUCAAGGGUAUUAUGUAUCGGGCUGUGGAGGCAGAUAUCGAGAACUAUAUUUCCUAUGGAGAACAGACUCAUGCUGUGUUGAAGAAGCUUUAUGAGGAUGGAAAGAAGAUGUUCCUCAUCACUAACAGCCCCUUUGACUUUGUGGAUCGGGGAAUGAACUACAUCGUGGGGAAGGACUGGAGAGAUCUGUUUGACAUUGUCAUCGUACAGGCCGACAAACCUGGCUUCUUCAACGACAGGAGAAAGCCCUUCAGGCGAGUGACAGAUAAAGGGGUGCUGCAUUGGGACAGGAUUCACAAGCUGGAGAAGGGGAAGAUCUAUAAACAGGGAAACCUCUAUGAGUUCCUGAGACUGACUGGCUGGAGGGGGUCCAAGGUGUUGUACUUUGGAGAUCACAUCUACAGUGACCUGGCUGACCUGACCCUGAAGCACGGCUGGAGGACUGGCGCCAUCAUCCCUGAGCUGAGGAAAGAGAUCAAGAUCAUGAACACUGAGGAAUGUGUUCACCUGAUGACCUGGUUACAGGGUCUGACUGGGCUGAUAGAACACAUGCAGGUCCACAGAGAUCCAGCUUCUCAAGCUGUCGUCCAGGAGUGGAUCGAAGAGAGAGAAGCCAUGAGAUCGCAGACAAAGGACAUCUUCAACGGCCAGUUUGGGAGUCUGUUCCGGACGUACCACAACCCCACCUACUUCUCCCGUCGCCUGUCUCGUUUCGCAGACAUCUACAUGGCGUCCCUCAGCUGUCUGCUCAACUAUGACUUCCAUCACACCUUCUUCCCCCGUCGUACGCCCCUGCAACACGAGUCACCCUUCUGGCCCGAGCAGACCAGCGCCGGGGCCCUGAAGAUGCCCUUCAUACCCCAACAGAACCACAACUGAAGAGUGGAAAGGGGGGGUUCAGUGUGACACCCCGCCUGGGCUUGACUCAGACUAGAGAGGCUAGGGUGACGGGUUUCACUGCGACACUCCGUCCAAGACCUGA